CUUGUGACAGUGAGAUUAUUAGCUUGGUCACUUGUUUACUAGCUGGAAUGCUGGAUUACAAAUAGAUGGAGCACGUCCCUAGAGAGUAGCAGCUUUGCUACCUGCAUGCAUGGCUGCAUGUGCAAUGGAGCGUCGUUCAUCACCGGCAACAAUGGCGGCACGGUCGUCGUUGUUUCUUCUCUGCCUCGCCACCGCCACCGCCGGCGUACUCCAAGCUCGUGCCCAGCCUGACAGCAAAGGUUUCAUCAGCGUAGACUGCGGGCUCCCGGGGAAGACGAGCUACAUUGACGACAAGACCAAGAUAUCCUACGCCUCGGACGACGGAUUCACCGACGGCGGCAAGCACUACAACGUCUCGCCGGAGUACAUCAAGCCGGCGGUCACGGCGCGCUACUACAACGUGCGCAGCUUCCCCGACGGCGCGCGCAACUGCUACACGCUCCGGUCGCUCGUGGCCGGCCUCAAGUAUCUCAUCCGCGCCACCUUCAUGUACGGCAACUACGACGGCCUCAACAAGCUGCCCGUGUCGUUUGACCUCCACAUCGGCGUCAACUUCUGGACGGUGGUGAACAUCACGGACCCGAUCCAGCCGGUGAACCGGGAGGCCAUCGUCGUCGUGCCCGACGACUCCGUGCAAGUCUGCCUGGUGAACACCGGCGCCGGGACACCGUUCAUCUCCGGGUUGGACCUCAGGCCUCUUAUGAACAAGCUCUACCCGCAGGUGAACGCCACUCAGGGCCUACUCCAACUCGCCAGGCUCAACUUCGGCCCAUCUGACGAAACCUCCAUCAGGUAUCCGGAUGAUCCGCACGACAGAGUAUGGUUUCCUUGGUUUGAUGCGGCCAAGUGGAACGAGAUAUCAACGACAAACAGGGUUCAGAACAUAGACAACGACCUGUUCGAGGCGCCGACGGCGGUGAUGCAGACAGCGGUCACGCCAAUCAACGCCUCCAACAACAUCGACUUCUUCUGGAACUCACAGCCGCAGCCCAACGACCCAGCGCCAGGGUACAUCGCCAUCUUUCACUUCUCCGAGCUUGAGAACCUCCCCAACAACGCCACACGGCAAUUCUAUAUCAACAUCAACGGCAUAUUGUUCGACGAUGGUUUCACACCAUCGUUUCUCUACGCCGAGGCCUCCUACAGCUCCAAACCCUUUGUGCGACACCCGCAGUACAACAUCACCAUUAACGCCACCGCCAACUCGACGAUGCCGCCGCUCAUCAACGCCGUCGAGGUGUACUCUGUCAUCUCCACCGCUAACAUUGGCACCGACUCACAAGAUGUAUCAGCAAUCAUGACGAUCAAGGCGAAGUACCAGGUGAAAAAGAAUUGGAUGGGUGACCCGUGCCUCCCUAGAAAUCUUGCGUGGGAUAAUUUGACCUGCAGCUAUGCCAUUUCUAACCCUGCAAGAAUCACGAGCUUAAACCUGUCAAAAAUUGGUUUGAGUGGUGAGAUAUCGUCCUCUUUUGGGAAUCUCAAGGCCCUCCAAUAUUUGGAUCUAUCAAACAACAACUUGACAGGCUCGAUUCCAAAUGCCCUUUCACAGUUGUCUUCAUUGACAAUCUUAGAUUUGACAGGAAACCAACUAAAUGGAACAAUUCCGCCUGGACUUCUCAAGAGAAUUCAGGAUGGCUUUUUAAAUCUAAGAUAUGGAAAUAACCCAAAUCUUUGCACCAAUGGCAACUCAUGUCAACCACCAAAAAACAAGAGCAAGCUAGCUAUCUACAUUGUUGUUCCUAUAGUUCUGGUCCUCGCGAUAGUAUCAGUGACGACACUACUCUAUUGCCUACUGAGAAGAAAAAAACAAGGAUCAAUGAACAAUUCUGUAAAGCGACAAAACGAGACAAUGAGAUAUGGGCCAACAAAUAAUGGCUCCGGGCAUAAUUCAUCACUGCGGCUUGAGAACCGCUGGUUUACAUAUAAUGAACUGGAGAAGAUAACGAACAAAUUCCAGCGAGUUCUUGGACAAGGAGGCUUUGGAAAAGUCUAUGAUGGCUUCUUGGAGGAUGGCACUGAAGUGGCAGUCAAAGUGAGGACUGAAUCUUCCAACCAAGGUGAUAAGGAGUUUCUUGUAGAGGCUCAAAUUUUAACCCGGAUUCAUCACAAGAACCUUGUCUCUAUGAUCGGCUAUUGUAAGGAUGAGAAAUAUAUGGCACUUGUGUAUGAGUACAUGUCAGAAGGAACCCUUCAAGAACACAUUGCAGGAAAAGGAAAUGAUGGGAGAUACUUAACCUGGAAAGAGAGGCUUCGAAUUGCGCUGGAAUCUGCUCAAGGGCUAGAGUACCUACACAAAGGGUGCAACCCUCCUCUUAUUCACCGUGAUGUGAAGGGAACCAACAUUUUGUUGAACACGAGGCUAGAGGCCAAGAUUGCUGAUUUUGGUUUGUCCAAGGUUUUCAAUCCUGAGAACGGCACCCAUGUAUCUACGAACAAACUUGUUGGCACACCUGGAUAUGUGGAUCCAGAGUACCAAUCAACAAUGCAACCAACGACUAAGAGUGAUGUCUAUAGCUUUGGUGUUGUCCUGUUGGAGUUGGUAACAGGGAAGCCAGCUAUCUUGCGUGAUCCAGAGCCCAUCAGCAUCAUCCAUUGGGCACAACAACGCUUAGCACGGGGUAACAUUGAGGGUGUGGUGAAUGCAAGCAUGCAUGGUGACUACGAUGUGAAUGGCCUAUGGAAGGUUGCAGACAUUGCACUCAAGUGUACGGCGCUUUCGUCAGCACACCGCCCCACUAUGACCGACGUGGUGGCACAGUUGCAAGAGUGCCUCGAGCUAGAGGAUAAGCACCAGAACAACUCUACAUUAGAGAUGGAGCAAAAUUUUGGAAGGAUACCAUCAAUCACUGGCGGUCCUGCUGCACGAUAAAUUAUUUUGCUCAUUUCGAUUGAAUGCCAUUUCAUGGUAGAGAUCUCUAUGGAACUUUCACAUGAUGUUACACCAAAGCAAAUGCAAAUGUAGAAAUUUCAAAUAUUCAAGAUUUUUUAGUAGAACUUUUUUCAGUUUGGAACUCAGAAUCAAUGAACUUCAUUCAUAAUGUUUUUACAACGGGGUUUAAUCAGAACCCAUGCAUGUUUUCUCUAUUUUUUUUUCUAAAUGCUACUUUGCUUCAAUGUUGGAAAUAAACCCAUAAGUUCAGUACAAAAAGAUAUGGAAUCUGCAAAUUAAGCUUAGUAGGCUAGCAUGCAAUGGAAAUUCAGAGAUGGAAAAGUGUCUUACACAUUACCAGGCUUUCUUUGGCCAUGUGCGAGAUGAGCGACUACACAGGGCACCAGAAAUUUGGGCCCCCAAAAUUUGUGAGUUCAAUCUAUGUCGAGACGUUCUAAUAUGUGUAAGAUCUCUUCACUCCUUUUUUUCCUUUUGAUUUUCUCUCUUUCUGCUUCACUGAUCUGGCUAGA